GAUACCUGUAUUGCAUAUAUGAAAAAUAAAAUAGAAGUAUUCUAGUUAUUUAAAUAAUAUUUGAAUUAUAUAUAAAAUUAAUAAUAAUAACUUUAUUGUUUAGUACUGUACAAUCACAAACAUCUGCCACGCCACCAGUCAGAUCUCCUAUUUCUUCACCUGUAUCAUCACCUUAUGUUUCUCCUCCUCAUUCUGGUUCAAAUUCACGCUCAGCUUCACCUUGGAUUCAGCGGCCUGUUCGAAACAGCGUUGAAGAGAAAGACUUUGCAACUUUUGAACGAUUUUUGAAGAGAGAACAUCUGCAUGAAUACUUUGAUAAAUUAAAGAAUUUUAAAUUAGAAGAUCUGAAGAUGACAUAAAGUAGAUUGAAAACGUUUUUGUUUUAAUAAAUGAAUUUUGGCUUCCAGUAAAAGUUACAGUGCAUGAGACAAGAAAAAAUUGAACAUUUGGGAAUUUCUAAGUCUGUUGCUGGAAAAAUAAGAAAAAUUCUUGAUAACCUUAGAAACUGCUCAAGUUUAAAUGGUGUAAGCAAUCACUUAUCAGGUAUUAACCCAGUUACUGCCAGUAGUAUUUUGUCAAACCAAGGAGCUAUUAAUCAAAUUAGUAGUGAAAGUUCUCCAUCGUGUUCCGAAUACUCCAGUCCUCCUGCGAGUCCACCUCUUGCAGAUACUUCCCAAAAUCAACAGGGUUUAGAAAAACUAAGUUUAGAGGAGAGUAUAAGUGAAAAAGGAAAUAAUUCAAAAUCAGAAAAUGAAGCCAUUUUGCAGCUAGGAGAAGAUAAACAGAAUUGGUCUGGAAAAUGUGUUGGUGCAAAAUUAGAAGAAAAUCAGUGUAAUAAAGAGAACCGGAUAGCUCUGGGAAUUGCUCCAUCUCCAGUAACUUAUGCUCCUGCUGUUCUACAAAUUCAUCCCAAUGUUCAAAAACCAAAUCAUUUGCCAGUUCAUGGUAAAAAUAAUCCAGCUCCACCUCCUUUAGGAACAAGUACUGUGAUUUUUGAAAAUGGUCAAUAUACAAACUUUGGUCUACCCAGUGCUGUUUCUUUUUUAUCUCACAGUAACAUUCAACGAUCUCACAGCGGAACUCCAGAACGAGUACUUCCUGUAUCUACAGUUGUGACCGUAACGACUGUUUGUCCAUUUCCAGUCACAUCUGGGUGCACAACACCAACGUCCUGUAUGGCAACAUAUCGAAAUAGUGGAACUGGUACAAUGACUACAGCAUCUCUUGCCACUAGGCAUCACUGUCCAAAAAAUAUUUCUUCAAUGCAAACGAUGGUUAUAGACAGUGAAAACAACCAAAAAAUGCACCAACAACCUGACAUCAUUCCCACUCAUUAUACAUUAACACCCACUUAUCUGCUUCCACCACCACCUCCAGUAUCCACUCAUCAUAGUCAACCGGCAACCUGUACUUGUGCAUGUACAGUUACCAGUUCUUCAGUUCCAUCGUCAGUGACUUCGUCGACUCCAACUCCCGGUACUGCACAACAACCACCUCAUCCUGUUUCAUUACCAUUUAACUGUGUUGGAUUUUUACCCCACAUCUUCCCUCAGACAUUCCCAUUUAUACCUACACAUAAUAAUUCUCCAGCAAAUGGUUUAAUAUCACCAGCUAUGACACCUCCUCCUCCAGUCCAUAACUUUCCAUUUCCUCUAGCAAAUGGACUCCCUCCAGAAUUAAUAUAUGCGAGACAGUCAUUUCCCAUGCCUCCUCCUUCACCUAGUCCCAGCUCGGUACCAUCUAAUCCAGUACCUAGUGUAACGUCUGGAACCGUGAGUUUUGCAGGUGGCAACUCGUGCUAUUCAAAGUACUGUCAGUCGACAAAUGGUGGCGUUUCUGCAAAAAUGACUUGUUAUAACUGUGGAAAAGUUGGACACCGAGGCACCGACUGCAAGGAAUCUGCUCCGGAUGACGGGCAAUUUCAAUUGAAUUAUGCUCCUGCAGCACCCUGUAGUUUGGAUACUCAGGGGAAAGAUGAUAUUUGGAGUAAUGUAAUUGGGGCUGCUAGCCAAUAAUAAUUGAUCAGUAUUUGUAUGGAUUGCACUGUCUGCAGAACUUAAUAGCACCAUUAACAAACCACCCAAAGUGCUUUUUGUGUUCGUUUGACUGUCAAACAGAUCAGCUGUUGUAGUUGCAGCUUAAAAGAAACAUUCAGUCAGAUUUUAUAACUGUAUUUUAAUAUUAUAGUUUUAGGUUGUGUAGAGUGACAUUUUUAUCAUUUGCUCAAAAUUGUAAUUGCACUAAAAGUUUACUCAUUUCCUGUUAAUUGUUUUUAUUCUAAUAAUAAGAAUCCAAUCCGAAAAAAGGAUCACAGAGGAAACUACGUAAAGAAACCAUCAACCGAAGCCUAUGCAACCAUAUUGGUGCCACACCAGCUGAUUUCAACAGAAGUCAGCUUGUCCAUAAUAUUUUCAAUGGGAAAAAAAUUCAGCAAGCCUUUUUUAAAAGUUAACCAAAGAGAGAUUUGGUAUAAAAUUUUUGCAACGUGCAAAAAAUACAUUUAGUGCCUAAGAUUUGUUAGUUUCCUUGUGAUACAUCCUGUGUAUAUUUGUUUGCCUUUUUCAUAAGUUGCCAUUAACAAAGAAAGAAUAUAUUUGUGAUCAUUGUAUCAUUCCUUUCGCUUCGAAUAAAUGAAGAAGCUGUGUUGGAGAUUACAAUUCAUUCAAAACUCCCAUUCCAAACAGAGCCAGCCAGCCAGCUAGAGUUACACUCAAUGUGCCAAAUUAAGUUAAAAAAAAAAGGAAGAAAAGAAAAUAAGAAAUUAUUUUUCCCAAUCAAAGAUAUUGACUUUCUAGUCAGACAACUUGAGCAUGAUUGCGCAUAUUUUGUCAACAGAGGCUCUAAAAUCCAAAUACACUCAAUCACUUGGCUUUUUGCUUGUUAUAUAUUUGUCAUUGAUAAUGGCAAAAGAAAAAAAAAAGAAAAAAAACGUAAAAAUUCCCUGGUGCUUGUAUAUUAGAUUGUUUUAGAAACAUAUGUUCAUAUAUAGCUUUGGCUUGUUGCACACAGCAACAUAUAAACUGCUUGUCCUAGAUCAUAAGACUUCACACGUGUUUCUCAUUGUCAUUGUACAUACACUCAAAUUUAUGUUAAGUUAUCAACAAUUGUAAAUACUUUGUCACAAGUCCAGAAAUGACUCCUGUUAAUUAACGCGAAUGCAGGACAAAACAUAUUCCUUGUUUGCCAAAUUUUAUGAAUUGAAUAUAUUUCUAGGAAUGUCACAAUCUGAGACUUUGUAAUUAUUUUAAACAUUGAGA